CAAUAAGCUGUGUACGGAAGUGCUGCAGCAGCAUGUUGAACGGUGUAAACUGAAAUGUUCAAACACGUUUUCCUGACAGGACCUCCAGGUGUGGGUAAAACCACUGUGGUGCAGAAAGCCUGUGAGGCUCUAAUGUCAUCAGGAGUGGGAGUGGAAGGGUUUUACACAGAGGAGGUCAGGGAGGGGGGCCGGAGGGUCGGCUUUGAUGUGGUCACAGUGACAGGAGAGAGGGGCCAGCUGUCCAGAAUCAGAGACCUCGCUGGUUCUUCUCAUGGCAGACGGGAACACACAGUUGGGCAGUAUGUGGUUGACUUGCCUUCAUUUGAAAACGUGGCUCUCCCCCUCUUCAGAAAUGUAGGCUCAGCAGAGGGGGGCAGCAGGAAGGUGUUCGUCAUUGAUGAGAUCGGCAAAAUGGAGAUCUUCAGCAAGCCGUUCAUCAGGGCAGUGAGACAAACUUUAGACAGCUCCUCCUGCACCGUCCUGGGCACCAUCCCCAUCCCCAAGGGCAAACCGCUGGGUCUGGUGGAAGAGGUGCGCAGCAGGAGAGAUGUCAAGAUCUUCACUGUGUCUAAAGAAAACAGAAACACCAUUCUACAAGACAUUUUAUCAACGGUGCAAACUUGCCUGCAACCUUCAACCUAAUAUGGAGAUUCAGAACCACUAUAAAGGAAAGAUGCUCCACUUGUGCAUUUAUUUUGUGCUGACAGCAACUUUUAUUAGUGCAUGCAUGUUGAGCACACACAUCCAGACAGUUGAGUGAAUCUACGCACGCUUCAUAACCGGGUUUUGACCUAACCGGAGGGCACACGGAGCUGCAGCAGGAGUUAGUGUGUCACAUGCAUGUAUUUAUGUACACAAUUCAUUUUCUUCAUGCUCCUACAGCCUCAAAAUGGAUUGCACGCUCAAUAAUUGAUCGUGAGAUGGAACCAGGAUGGAACACAGCGGGGGAAUUGUUCAGAUAGUGUGUAAAUAUCCCAAAGACUGCUAGUCCUCAAAACAGCUCGGUUUGAUUUUGAAUUCAGCUCUGGGUGUUAUCGAGAUUACCGCAGGCAUUUCUCAUUUAUUAGAUUGUAAUAUUAAUUUGCCCACAAGGACAAGUUGUGAAUUUAAUUGUUUUACAUGAAAAGAAUAUAUUUAUUCAGCUCUUUGCUAUGUGAGCCCCACCUUGUGUUUGUCUGGUCCACCUGAGGAUGCACUCAUUGAAAAUCAAUUAAUAUUUAACGGUGCAACUAUGUCCAAUCCUUUCAUAGUUUAAUCAUCCAGCAUGAAGAAAAACUAUUGAAAAAUAAACAGAUGUUUUCCUUCAA